AUGGUAGGCUUCGAGGGGACUCCUAUGCCUAGGGGAGGUAGCAGUAGCAGCAGUAGCAGUAGCAUUAGGGGCAGUAGCAGUAGGGGAAGUAGCAACAGCAGUAGCAGCAGCAGCAGUAGCAGUAGCAGCAGCAGCAGCAGUAGUAGCAGCAGUAACAGUAGCAAUAGGGGCAGUAGCAGUAGGGGCAGUAGCAGUAGGGGCAGCAGCAGUAGUAGCAGCAGUAACAGUAGCAAUAGGGGCAGUAGCAGCAGCAGCAGUAGUAGCAGCAGUAACAGUAGCAAUAGGGGCAGUAGCAGCAGCAGCAGUAGUAGCAGCAGUAACAGUAGCAAUAGGGGCAGUAGCAGCAGCAGCAGUAGUAGCAGCAGUAACAGUAGCAAUAGGGGCAGUAGCAGCAGCAGCAGUAGUAGCAGCAGUAACAGUAGCAAUAGGGGCAGUAGCAGCAGCAGCAGUAGUAGCAGCAGUAACAGUAGCAAUAGGGGCAGUAGCAGCAGCAGCAGUAGUAGCAGCAGUAACAGUAGCAAUAGGGGCAGUAGCAGCAGCAGCAGUAGUAGCAGCAGUAACAGUAGCAAUAGGGGCAGUAGCAGCAGCAGUAGCAGUAGUAGUAGCAGCAGUAGCAGUAGGGGAAGUAGCAGUAGCAGUAGAAGUAGAAGAAGCAGUAGUAGAAGCAGUAGCAGUAGUAGUAUCAGUAACGGCAGUAGCAGUAGAAGUAGAAGUAGCAGUAGUAGUAGCAGUAGGGGCAGUAGCAGUAGAAGUAGAAGUAGCAGUACCAGUAGCAGUAUAAGUAGCAGUAGUAGUAGCAGUAGGGGAAGUAGCAGUAGCAGUAGAAGUAGCAGUAGAAGUAGCAGUAGUAGUAGCAGUAGGGGCAGUAGCAGUAGCAGUAGAAGUAGCAGUAGAAGUAGCAGUAGUAGUAGCAGUAGUAGUAGCAGUAGAAGUAGCAGUAGCAGUAGCAGUAGCAGUAGGGGCAGUAGAAGUAGCAGUAGCAGUAGGGGCAGUAGCAGUAGCAGUAGAAGUAGUAGCAGUAGCACUAGGGGCAGUAGCAGUAGAAGUAGGGGCAGUAGCAGCAGUAGCAGUAGAAGUAGCAGUAGCACUAGGGGCAGUAGCUGUAGCAGUAGAAGUAGCAGUAGAAGUACCAGUAGCAGUAGAAGUAGGGGCAGUAGCAGUAGCACAAGGGGCAGUAGCAGUAGCAGUAGGGGGAGUAGCAGUAGCAGUAGUAGUAGGGGCAGUAGCAGUACCAGUAGCAGUAGGGGCAGUAGCAGUAGCAGUAGGGGAAGUAGCAGUAGCAGUAGGGGCAGUAGCAGUAGGGGCAGUACCAGUAGCAGUAGGGGCAGUAGCAGUAGCAGUAUGGGCAGUAGCAGUAGCAGUAGCAGUAGCAGUAGGGGCAGUAGCAGUAGGGGCAGUACCAGUAGCAGUAGGGGCAGUAGCAGUAGGGGCAGUACCAGUAGCAGUAGGGGCAGUAGCAGUAGCAGUAGGGGCAGUAGCAGUAGCAGUAGGGGCAGUAGCAGUAGGGGCAGUACCAGUAGCAGUAGGGGCAGUAGCAGUAGGGGCAGUAGCAGUAGGGGCAGUAGCAGUAGCAGUAGGGGCAGUAGCAGUAGCAGUAUGGGCAGUAGCAGUAGCAGUAGCAGUAGGGGCAGUAGCAGUAGGGGCAGUACCAACGACCUAAGCCAUGACUCAGGACUGACUCCCUGGCCUGACAACUCCUGGCUGUCUCCGUCCCCAGUCCACCAUGUCAUGCUGCUGAUCCAGUUUCUGCUGUUCUGCCUGCGGCUAUGGAACCCUGACCUAUCCUGCUUCUACCUCAGAUCCUGCUCCGACCUCGGAUCCUGCUCCGACCUCGGAUCCUGCUCCUACCUCAGAUCCGGAUCCCUACCUCAGAUCCUGCUCCUACCUCAGAUCCUGCUCCUACCUCAGAUCCUGCUCCUACCUCAGAUCCUGCUCCUACCUCAGAUCCUGCUCCUACCUCAGAUCCUGCUCCUACCUCAGAUCCUGCUCCCUACCUCGGAUCCCUACCUCAGAUCCUGCUCCUACCUCAGAUCCUGCUCCUACCUCAGAUCCUGCUCCUACCUCAGAUCCUGCUCGCUACCUCAGAUCCUGCUCCUACCUCAGGUCCUGCUCCUACCUCAGAUCCCUACCUCAGAUCCUGCUCCUACCUCAGAUCCUGCUCCCUACCUCAGAUCCCUACCUCAGAACCUGCUUCCUACCUCAGAGCCUGCUUCCUACCUCAGGUCCUGCUCCCUACCUCAGAUCCCUACCUCAGAACCUGCUUCCUACCUCAGAGCCUGCUUCCUACCUCAGGUCCUGCUCCCUACCUCAGAUCCCUACCUCAGAACCUGCUCCCUACCUCAGAUCCCUACCUCAGAUCCUUCCCAUGCUCCCUACCUCAGGUCCUGCUCGCUACCUCAGGUCCUGCUCCUACCUCAGAUCCUGCUCCUACCUCAGGUCCUGCUCCCUACCUCAGAUCCCUACCUCAGAACCUGCUUCCUACCUCAGAGCCUGCUUCCUACCUCAGAGCCUGCUUCCUACCUCAGAGCCUGCUUCCUACCUCAGAGCCUGCUUCCUACCUCAGAGCCUGCUUCCUACCUCAGAGCCUGCUCCCUACCUCAGAGCCUGCUCCCUACCUCAGAGCCUGCUCCCUACCUCAGAUCCCUACCUCAGAUCCUUCCCCUGCUCCCUACCUCAGAUCCUGAUCCCUGCCUCAGAUCCUGA